AUGAUUCAGGAAGUGUUACAGAAUUGUCAUGAUUCCCUGGAAGGAGGUCACCAAGGCAUCGUACGGACUUACGACAAAACUAGGAGGGAUUACUACUGGAUAGGACUGUAUGCCGGCGUAGAGCGGCAUGUCCGGUCCUGCCCCGAUUGUAGUUCCAGCAAGCGCACACAACAUCAAGGGUACUCGCCGGGCAAUGUGUUAGCAGAGAGACCAUUCCAAAUUGUCUCCAUGGAUUUCGUCAUACUGUUACCGAAGUCUCAACGCGGGAACACCGCCCUGUUGCUCUUCCAAUGCGCUUUCACUGGUUUCGUCAUGGGGAAAGCGAUGGCGGACACGACAGCACUCCGAGUUGCACAAGUGUUUGAAGAGUGUGUCUACCGAAGCCCACGUUUCAUGAGCGAAGUGUUUCAAGCGUUCGCCGAGAUGAUGCAGUCGAGGUCAAGAGCUACCCUGAGUUACCGACCGCAAGCUAACGGGCAACAAGAGCGGUCAGUGAAUACCGUCAAGCCGUCGGUCCGGAAAUUGAUAUUUGCGAUUAACAACUCCACAGAUGCUACGCGGAAGGAGAAACCUUUCUACCUAGUCCACGGAUGGGAUGCACAUUCGACUUUGAGAGCAAUGACAUCGUCGCUUAAACAAGGAAACGGACGCCAGUCCGAUGCCCUUAAAUAG